CGUUGUGGGGAAAAUAUUAAAAGUGAAUUAAAAUGUCCACUCGGACCCCUUUGCCAACGGUCAUUGAGCGAGACACUGAAAACCACACAUCUCAUGGAGAUGGACGUCAAGAAGUUACCUCUCGAACUGGGCGCUCUGGAGCUCGCUGUAGAAACUCAGUAGCUUCCUGUGCAGAUGAACAGCCUCAUAUUGGAAACUACAGACUUCUGAAAACAAUUGGCAAGGGAAAUUUUGCAAAAGUGAAACUGGCAAGACACAUCCUUACAGGCAGAGAAGUUGCAAUAAAAAUAAUUGAUAAGACUCAAUUGAAUCCAACAAGUCUACAGAAGCUCUUCAGAGAAGUAAGAAUAAUGAAGAUUUUAAACCAUCCAAACAUAGUUAAGUUAUUUGAAGUAAUUGAAACUGAAAAAACACUGUACUUAAUCAUGGAGUAUGCAAGUGGAGGUGAAGUGUUUGACUAUUUGGUUGCACAUGGAAGAAUGAAGGAAAAGGAAGCCAGAGCUAAAUUUAGACAGAUAGUAUCAGCCGUGCAGUACUGCCACCAAAAGCGUAUUGUUCACAGGGAUCUUAAAGCUGAAAAUCUAUUGCUAGAUGCAGAUAUGAACAUUAAAAUAGCAGACUUUGGUUUUAGUAAUGAAUUUACUGUUGGAAAUAAACUGGAUACAUUUUGUGGCAGUCCCCCAUAUGCAGCUCCAGAACUCUUCCAGGGCAAAAAAUACGAUGGACCUGAAGUGGAUGUUUGGAGUCUAGGUGUUAUUCUUUACACUCUUGUGAGUGGUUCUCUUCCUUUUGAUGGACAAAACCUAAAGGAACUGAGAGAAAGAGUAUUAAGAGGGAAAUACAGAAUCCCUUUCUACAUGUCCACGGAUUGUGAAAAUCUCCUCAAACGUUUCCUGGUGCUAAAUCCAACCAAAAGAGGCACACUAGAGCAAAUCAUGAAGGACAGGUGGAUCAAUGCAGGGCAUGAGGAAGACGAACUUAAACCAUUCGUAGAACCAGAGCUAGACAUCUCAGACCAGAAAAGAAUAGAUAUUAUGGUAGGAAUGGGUUAUUCACAAGAAGAAAUUCAGGAAUCUCUUAGUAAAAUGAAAUAUGAUGAAAUCACAGCCACGUAUUUGUUGUUGGGCAGAAAAUCAUCAGAGCUGGAUGCUAGUGAUUCAAGUUCCAGCAGCAAUCUUUCACUUGCUAAGGUUAGGCCAAGCAGUGAUCUUAAUAAUAGCACGGGACAAUCUCCUCACCACAAAGUCCAAAGGAGCAUUUCUUCAAGCCAGAAGCAAAGGCGAUACAGUGAUCAUGGUGAAGGCCUCUCUUGUACAAAAAAGGAUGUAAUUCAGUCAAAUUUCCAAGCUGGACCAUCCAUUCCUCCAGUUGUGGCAUAUCCCAAAAGGAGUCAGACCAGCACUACAGAUAACGAUCUCAAGGAGGAAGGAAUUCAGCCAAGGAAAUCUAGCAGUAGUGCUGUUGGAGGAAAGGGAUUAGCACCAGCUAGUCCCAUGCUGGGUAAUGCAAAUAAUCCAAAUAAGGCAGAUAUUCCUGAACGAAAGAAAAGUGCCACUAUUCCUAGCAAUAAUUCAACAUCUGGUGGGAUGACACGACGAAAUACUUAUGUUUGUAGUGAAAGGACGACUGCAGAUAGACAUUCGGUGAUUCAGAAUGGCAAAGAAAACAGCACUGUUCCUGAUCAGAGAACUCCAGUUGCUUCAACACAUAGUAUCAGCAGUGCCACUACUCCUGAUCGAAUUCGCUUCCCAAGAGGAACUGUCAGUCGUAGCACUUUCCAUGGCCAGCCCCGGGAGCGGCGAACAGCAACUUAUAACGGCCCACCAGCAUCACCCAGCUUGUCACAUGAGGCAGCUCCACUUUCCCAGACCAGAAGUAGGGGCUCUUCUAAUCUUUUUAGCAAAUUAACAUCAAAACUCACAAGAAGAAACAUGUCAUUCAGGUUUAUCAAAAGGCUCCCAACUGAAUAUGAGAGGAACGGGAGAUAUGAGGGUUCAAGUCGCAACGUGUCAGCUGAGCAUAAGGAUGAAAACAAGGAAGCAAAGCCCCGCUCCCUGCGGUUUACCUGGAGCAUGAAAACCACCAGUUCCAUGGAUCCCAAUGACAUGAUGAGGGAAAUUCGAAAAGUCUUGGAUGCCAAUAACUGUGACUAUGAACAGAGAGAGCGGUUCUUGCUCUUUUGUGUCCACGGAGAUGGGCAUGCAGAAAACCUUGUACAGUGGGAAAUGGAGGUGUGCAAACUGCCAAGACUGUCACUGAAUGGUGUCCGCUUCAAGCGGAUAUCAGGAACAUCCAUAGCUUUUAAAAACAUUGCUUCCAAAAUUGCCAACGAGUUAAAGCUGUAACAAAGUCAUUAUGUUGUAAAUUAAGUACCAAUUUCAAGUGUUUUCCUGAACACUUAUGGAAAUGUAUAGAAUAAUAUUUAGGCAAUAACUUCUGCAUCUUCAGAAUCAUGGUAUUAAAAAAUAUAUAUAUGAAAAUGAGCUGCUCAGCCAGGAGAAAGAGUUGGACUUUUUUUUUCUAAGUGCACUGCAGCAUUAAAGUUGCCUAUUCUGUAAAAUAUUUACCCCAUCAUUUUAUUUACAUUGUUCUAAGGUCUCUUAACAGUCUACAGAAUAUAUCCAUUUAAAUAUGCCUCCCAUUUGUGUGGCUGUGAGAGUGUAUAGUAUGUGUUUAUAGUAUAUAAGUUUAAAGUAUUAUAUGUAAACAAGUCCUUACACCAACAUCCCAAGCUGUACCAAUACCUCUUUGGAAGAUCAUUUUGGUGCUAAAAAUGGAUAUAGCCAAGGAGGAAAUUUUCACUUAAUAUAAAAAAUCAGCAUAGGAAUAGUUACAGUUAGCACGGGUUUACAGUUUGCUACUGUGGGGUUUUCUUUUUUUCUUAAAAAAAAAAAGUACAAAGGGUUUGAAUUUACAGUUGUGAACAUUGCUUAUGUGUUGAAUUUUUUUUCUUCCCAAGUAGAUCUCAUGAGAUCAUUAAAAAAUCACUUUUCCUCAAUAGAGUUUUGCAUUAUGUCUCCUAGUACUGUAUUUAAAACUUGGUAAAAAAAAAUAACUAAAAUGUAUAAACAUAUCCCACCUAACAUCUUUAAUAGGGUCUUUUUUAAUCCUGUUAGGUAAACUAGUGUUGCCAAGGGAAAAAGACAGUUACAUAGAAACAGUGUUAAUGGUGGGCAUUUAGUGGAGCAUUAGCAAGGUGUUAUUGUGGAAUAUGUUUAUAUAUUUCCUCAUCAUUAAUCAGCUGAAGUGCCUCAAACUACCCCUCUGUGUAUCGGAUAUUAAGCUUAUGCAGGGCUAGACUUUCUUUGGUGUAUCCUCAGAAUUGCACAGUGUAGAGGGGAUGGGAGGGCGGUGUUUUUUAAACUGGAACCUUUUUUCAGAAGGGAAUUAGAGUGAAAAGUACGAUUCCUUGUGAUGUAAGAAAGGAAUUAGAUAUAUAAAGCAACUUGACUCUUGAUUUCUGGCCAGGACCCAUAUGUUAAGAGCUGCCUAAUCUGAGCCUUCAUUGGAUUUGUUUUCAAUGCAGUAUGAAAUUUUCUUAUUCUUUGUGCUUUGUUGCAUAUAUCAGGCUUACAGGCUUUUUCCACUUCCUACAUGGGUUAUUAUAUAAGAGGGUAUGAUUAAUUCAGCUAUCAGUUUGUGAUUAUAGCCUCUUGACAGGGAAAUUGUUGACUCAUUCAGAAUUAAAAAAAAAAAAAGAUUGAAGUCCCCUGGAAGCAAAUAUUUUUUCUACUCACAGAAACACCAAAGGGUCACAGUUAUUUCCCCUCUGGGCUUCAGUUGCUUAAUUUGUAAAACAGGAGAGAGAGGAGGGCAGGAAUGAAACAAGAUAGGUGAUCCCUAAGAACCUUUUCUAAAUAAACUCUAAAUAGCGGUAGCUUUCAAGCCCACCUUCAAGAAGAAAAUCUUGCUAGAGACAUUUAAUAAAUGCUUUGUGUCAAUUGCCUUUCAUUUCUGAUCUCUAGUUGGACUUAUAUUUUCUCCUUCGCACUCAAGGUUACAUAAUGAAACCCAGUGUGCAAACAGUAACUUUUCAUUCUCAUCUCCUUCCUCCUCCUUAUUUUGUCUUUGUCACUGUUAGAAGAUGUUAGGUGGCCACACAAAAAGAAGUAAAUAUCUUUCCAUUUAUGUGGAAACUGGGAAGUAUUGAGAAUGAUCCGUUCCAGAACACAAUUUCCAGAUAGAUUUCUUUUUUCUAUCUAUUACUAUAAGCUUUUUCCGUCUGUUAACUGGUGGCCCUUUGCAUCUAUAUAUAGCACCUUUGUUUCAGAGAAUUUGGGAGUACUUUAGAGUAGUCAAGUCCUUAUGGUCUACCAUGUCAGCAGAGGGCAGGAAAUGGAAUAUUUCUGCCAUAAGCUCUGUGAUUCAGUAAAACAAACCACAAAUUAGGUACAUAGGAGUAGCAGCUUGGGCUUCAUUAAAACUAUUACCCUGGAAAUUAUCCCAACACUUUACCUUCACCUACUUAGUUAUUCUUCUGAAGCUUUCCAUGGUUAAAUGAAACAAAAUGUACAAAGCAUUUAGCUGACAGGUUUAGGUGCAUCCUGGUAUCCAUUAUAUAGUAUUCUUUCCAAGAAAUUCAGAUAAUUCACAUUCUGUGGGACAAAAUUGAAGAGUAGAGUCCUUUAAAAAGUCCAGUUUCUCAUAAGGUAGAAUAAUAUUGCUUUCAUGCUUGUCUGUUUAAAGUGACAAAGAAAAUAGAAAAAAAGUGGAAGGUCAUUCAGAAGAUUUUAGAAGCCAAUGAGAUAUUCUUACUGACCCUCGAUAAAAGUAGAAGUUGUCAUCCUAAUCAAGGCAUAUUAGCUAUUCAGUUUUAAUUUACCCAUCUCCCAGAAAGUUUUCCUCAUCUUAGAAAUAAGCAGCAUCAUUCAUACCUGAAUAGAAAUCCUAUUUAUAACCUCCCCAACAAGUCAUCCAGUCUGCACUUCAGGAACUCUGAUUAAAGGGAAAGGAAUCCACUACAUCUUGAGGCAACCCAUUUCACAGUUCUGCAAUUUUACAUCAAGCCUAGUUGUGCCUUCUGGUGCCAGGCAAAACAAAUUGAAACCCUCUUUCCUGUGACAGUCCUUAAUAUGUUUGAAGAUACCUCUCAUAACCCCCUUAAAGUUUUCUCUUCUCUAGGCCAAACAUCACAGGUUCCUUCUAUGUAUCUUUUUUGAUUGAACCCUUAUAAUUUCUGAAAAUGAAGACUAUCACAGAAAACUGGUAAGACAGUAGACAUUUUUGGAAGCAUAACUACUGUGACGGUUGUCACAGCAUAUGGUUCUCCUUGAGCUUGGGUAACAUUGAUGUUAGUUUGUUUUUUUAAAUGACAUGUAAUCUGAACAAAUUCCUGUUCUAGAAACUCUGUAACUUUGAAGACCCUAACAUUACACAAUUAUCAGUUGUGAAAAGCCUUGCAUCAUUGUCUUUUACAGGUCCACAAGCCCAGCAACAAAAAUAAAUCCAGUCAUAGGGAAGAAAGGAUUGAUAUCUGAGAGCAAAAAGAAAAUACUUAGCACUAGCCCUGGGUCUCUUCUGGCUGCUGAAAUUCAUGAAUAUGGGACAUCACAGUGUCAUUAUCUGUUGUGGGGAGGGCUGAUAAUAUUUGCAGAAUUAAUAAACUUAAACCACUAAAAAUUUUA